AUGUACACUCCCCAAUUCCAGUCAACCAAAUUCCACUCCGAACCUCUGUACUCCGUACAACCUCCCAAGUCACACAAAGCCGUCAAAUACGGUGAUGGUGACAUCACAAGGAAGCCCCUGAAGACGCAAAAUCUGACACCCGACUCUACAUCUAUCACAACGGUUGCCAGGACUCCCAGGCCCACCAAGAUGCCGGAAUCCAUAUAUUAUUCACUCCUAGACCCAUCCGCCUACAUCAAAACCACCUGGGCGAUUCCCACGAAAUCCAUUCCCACAUGUUACCAGCACGACGACUACCUAAAACUAAAAACUACUUAA